ACUGUUGUUUCCCGACGUCGUUAAUGUAGCGGAGAACGCAUGUAACUCUUGACCUUCCUAUCACCACUUUCCUAAUCAAUGUUCCGUUGAGUAAAAAAAAAAAGAAGCUAAAAAUCGAAAUGGCUUCAUUGAAAGCAUGGACGUCCAAAGGUGUUUUAAAAAGGUGCUUACUAGAGGUGGUUGCUCUGAGGCAUUUCCUUCCUGCAUCAACUUUACACACAACUUGCACCCAGCACAACUCAAACAAGACAUCAAUUGCCCGAUGUACUCGCCAGAAGUAUGAAAGACUUUACCCUGUGUUGCUUGUUCAACCCGAUGGCUCCACAAUUAAUAUUAAAUACAGAGAGCCCAAGAGGAUACUAAUGAUGCCCGUGGAUAUUACUUCACUCUCGGAGGAGGAAAGGAAAAUUCGGAUACGGAAGCGGGAUCCCAAGAAGGGAAGUACUACUCCGAGAACGGUGGAAUUCGAAGAUGAUUUUAAAGCAGAUGAUUACAGCAAGUUCUGGAAGAAGUAGAUUCUGUUGUAUUUAACUUCACAAUGUAUACAUACCCCUAAUGUAUAUCAUAUUAUUUGUAAAUCUACAUCAUCUUUAUCCCAUAUUGGUAAUAAAUUUGAUCAGAAUAAUAA